UUGCUAUCUCAAAUUCAAUAUCAGCCGUGCUCCACGAGACCUUUUCUUCUCUGUAUCGCUGCGCUUUAAUGGACGGCGCGGCCAUGAAACUCCCCUCCUUCAAAAUUUUAAAUCCAAAUCGCCCCACUCGGUAUUCUACAACCAUCCCACUAGGGUUUCGAAGAAUUUCCUCUUCUUCAAUUGCUGCUCAUGUGUCUGCUUCUUUCGUUAGUGAAGGCGAACCAGCAACCCGAUCGGCUUCUCUUGGGCACGUUGUUAGACGAGAUUUUCCUAUUCUUAACCAGGAAGUGAAUGGCUUGAAGCUGGUCUAUUUGGAUAAUGCUGCAACUUCUCAAAAGCCCAUUUCUGUAUUGAAGGCUUUACAGAACUAUUAUGAAGCCUACAAUGCAAACGUGCACCGCGGGAUCCAUUUCUUGAGUGCGAAGGCAACAGAUGAAUAUGAGUUGGCAAGGAAGAAGGUGGCAGAUUUUGUUAAUGCAUCAGAGUCUGGGGAGAUUGUGUUUACACGGAAUGCUACAGAAGCAAUAAAUCUUGUAGCCUACUCUUGGGGACUCUCAAAUUUAAAAUCUGGGGAUGAGAUCAUACUUACAGUUGCUGAACAUCAUAGUGCUAUUGUUCCUUGGCAACUUGUGGCCCAAAAGACUGGUGCUGUUUUGAAGUUUGUUACUUUGACAGCAGAAGAUAUUCCUGAUAUUGAGAAGAUGAAAGAAAUGUUUUCAAAAAGAACAAAGCUUGUGGUCAUCCACCAUGUCUCGAAUGUCCUUGGUUCUGUUUUUCCUGUUGCGGAGAUUGCACAUUUGUCUCAUACUAUCGGGGCAAAGGUUCUUGUAGAUGCUUGUCAAAGUGUUCCACACAUGGUGGUAGAUGUACAGAGCUUGGAUGCUGACUUCUUGGUUGCAUCUUCACACAAGAUGUGUGGGCCUACUGGCGUUGGAUUCUUAUAUGGUAAAAGUGAGCUCUUGUCUGCUAUGCCUCCUUUCCUGGGUGGUGGUGAAAUGAUUGCUGAUGUAUUUCUAGAUCAUUCUACAUAUGCUGAACCUCCUUCCAGAUUUGAAGCUGGAACACCUGCAAUUGGGGAAGUCAUAGGACUAGGCGCAGCAAUUGAUUAUUUGUCAGAGAUUGGCAUGCAAAAAAUCCAUGAUUAUGAGACUGAGCUGGCUGAUUAUCUCUAUGAAAGGCUCCAUUCCAUCCCCAAUAUCCGCAUCUACGGUCCCAUGCCUUCGGAAACUGUCCGCCGUGCUCCUCUUUGCUCAUUUAAUGUUGUCAAUAUUCACCCAACAGAUAUUGCUACUUAUCUUGAUCAACAGCAUGGAGUAGCCAUUCGAUCGGGUCAUCAUUGUGCUCAGCCUCUCCACCGGUUUCUGGGAGUCGGUUCAAGUGCACGGGCCAGCCUACAUUUCUACAAUACUAAAGAAGAAAUUGACACAUUCAUUCUAGCACUAAAGGAAACUAUUAGCUUCUUCACUUCUUUCCAAUAGAAGGACCCACAGUUGUCAAUCCCAAAUGAACGUAGGAGACUCAGGGUGCUCGUGUGUGGUCAGUGGCCCUAUAGAAGAGAGAGUAGUUGCCAGAGAGAGAGAGAGAGAGAGCAUUUUGUAUUUACUAUUUAAAAGUAUGAUCCUUGAGUGCGAGAGAGAGCAUUUUGAUUGGCGCAAUCUGAUUUGAAUUCGGACAAAAGAGAUACUGUUUGCAGCUCCGUUUGUAUUAAUAAUAUUACUUAGAUUAUAAAAAAAGUCUCCUUUUGGUCAAA